AUGAGGAUGACGAAGGGGAAUGAGGGGGAGGAGGAAGGCCGAAGCCCUGGCGGCGAAAGCCUGCCGAGCCGCGGCGCCACCGCGCGCCAAAUGGCCGCGGAGCCGGACACGGCGCCCGUCACGAGGCCGUGUCGGAUCCGACCAACGCCAAACUCGACGGUCGCAAGAAGUGCUUGGAGCUGGCCCGUUCCUCUUUCACGGCCGAGCGCCAGUUGGACAAUGCGUCGCGGGUCCACCUCGGCAAAGAGCUGCUUGAGGAAUAAGCCCAAGCCGGAGGCGGCCGACGAGACGCGCGUGGAUGCCCAGGGCAACAUCAUCACGAAGGGUGGAAAGUACGUCAUCUCUUUCCGAGAUCUUGAGACCGAGAAGCCAGUGCAGGACGUCAAGGAGGUCACCGCCUACAAAAAUACUCAGCAAAAUGACUACGAUGGACGGGGCGAACACCAGCGGUGCGUCUGCUCAGUCAUGUGA